UCAGAGAGAAAGGCUAAGGUCCUGGGGAGGAUGUGGCUGAAGAUCUUACUUUUCCUUGGCAUUGUGGUCUGUAGCUUUUCUGCUCCCACUCCCUCACCCGCCCCUGUCACCCAGCCCUGGAAUCAUGUCAGUGCCAUCAAAGAAGCCCUGAUCCUCCUGGACAACGCGCCUGACAUGGAGGUGAGUGAGGGAGAGAGAGACGAAGAUGUCGAAAUUGUCUCUGAAGAGUUCUCUGUCCAGAAAUGUGUGCAGGAACGCCUGCAGUUAUAUGAGAAGGGCCUACGGGGCAACCUCACCAAACUCAAGGGCACCUUGAAAAUGAUGGCCAGCCACUACCAGAACUGCUCCACAAUCCUGAGAAGUGACUGUAAGACACACAUCACCACAUAUGACGACUUCGUAGACAACCUCAGAGACUUUCUGACCACCAUUCCCUUUGACUGCUGGAAGCCAGUCCAGAAAUGAGGCGGCCCAGGGCAGCUCGGAUCCAACCUCUCAGAUUGCGGCUUUUGCUCCUGUAACAUGAGCCAGGAAAGCAGGAGUUCUGCCUCGAAGGGACCAAGGACGGGCCACAGCGACAUCUGGGGGCAGUACAGACCUUCUCUGAAAAUACUGACUCUGUCACAGCAGCCAGGGGCAAAUGAGGGAUAUUUUCUAUUGAUAGGGACCAGUAAUAUUUAUUUAUAUAUUUAUACAUUUUUUUAAAAAAAUAUUUAUUUAUUUAUUUA